CACGUUCUUUCCGAGAAGCAGCGAACACAUUCAAGUUAUACAUAUACAGUCUGCUUAAAGGUGUUGAGCGCAAGAGACACAGCCCGACGAAACUCUGGUAGAUACGAUGUCAAGACACAAGACGAAGGGUCGCCGUGAUAGUCCGGCGACACCCCCGGCGGACAGAAAAAGAGUAAAGACUUCACAUUCCCCAGAGCGAAAAAUGAAAUCCCUAACCUUGUCCUUCAAUGAUGAGGUGCGCCCACUGAUAGACCUGGUCGACAAACUACGUGGGUAUGGUCUGGACAGAGACAUCAACCUUCCAGCCGUCGCCGUCAUCGGGGACCAGAGUGCCGGCAAGAGCUCUGUUCUUGAAGCAAUCUCUGGCGUCCAACUUCCAAGAGGAACGGGUAUUGUGACAAGGUGCCCGUUGGAGAUGCGGAUGAAGCACUCAGAGGAUGAGGACAAGUGGGAGGGAAAGAUAAUGUAUAAGGACAAGCAUGAUGAACUCCAUAAGGAAGAUAUCCAAGACAGAGAGAGCGUCGGAGACCUUGUGCGGAAAGCCCAGGAUGAAAUGACAGACUGUGAGAAGGGAAUUAGUGAUGAUCUCAUUACUCUGGAAGUGACGUCAUCAGAUGUCCCUGACCUUACUCUCAUUGACCUGCCAGGUAUAGCACGAAACGCCGUCAAGGGUCAGCCGGUUGAUAUCGAAAAGAGGAUUAAAGAUAUGAUCCGUAAAUAUAUUAGACGCCAGGAGACCAUCAUCCUUGCUGUUCUACAGUGUAAUGUGGAUAUUGCCACGUGUGAAGCGCUCAAAAUGGCAAAGGAAUUUGAUGAAGAAGGUCGCAGAACUCUGGGGGUUUUAACAAAGCCGGACUUGCUGGACAAGGGAGCCGAGAACGGUGUAAUGAGGAUCCUGAACAACAUGGAGUUCAGUCUGUCCAAGGGCUACAUCAUUGUCAAGUGUCGAGGUCAGGAGGCUAUAUCGAAGGGCCAGUCCUUGACAGAGGCACUUGGAGAUGAAGACAAUUUCUUCAAAGAUCACAGUCAUUUCAGGUCCUUGAAGGUAUCUCAGUGGGGAAUCCUUACAUUAUCAUCAAGACUGUCACUUGAGCUGCAGAAGCACAUCAAGGUGAGUAACUAUGUAAGCGCUUUGUUCGGAAUAAUACUAUAUUUUGUGCAUUUGCAAGAUAUAUGACACUGAGGCCCUGCAAAUACCGAUCCACCAAUAUCUCAACUGUUAUGAGGUGACAAGUCAAGU